AAUUUCCAAAAGCUCUUUUUCUUUUUCAAAAUAUUACUAUUAAUUACCCAAGUAACCCACAUGGUAACCAUUCAAUAUCAUUUAUUAUUGAUAUAAAACCCCCUCAUAAGGUGUUUAUCAUCUUCAUCCAAUACCAUUCAUCACUUUCCUUGAUCUCACUUUUUCUCUCUCAUCAUCAUCUCGUGUCAUCCUCUCUCUCAUCGCCGUGAUGGUGCUCUCCCACGCCGCAUCGGAGUCCGAUGUCUCCGUCCACUCCACAUUCGCAUCACGAUACGUCCGAACAUCUCUUCCUAGGUUCAAGAUGCCGGAAAACUCGAUUCCAAAAGAAGCGGCGUAUCAGAUAAUAAACGACGAGCUGAUGCUUGACGGCAACCCGAGGCUAAACUUGGCCUCCUUCGUGACGACGUGGAUGGAGCCUGAGUGUGAUAAACUCAUCAUGGCCUCCAUUAACAAGAACUACGUCGACAUGGACGAGUACCCCGUUACCACCGAACUCCAGAACCGAUGUGUGAACAUGAUUGCACAUCUAUUCAAUGCACCGUUAGGAGAGUCGGAGACAGCCGUCGGAGUAGGAACCGUUGGAUCAUCGGAGGCCAUAAUGUUGGCCGGUUUGGCUUUCAAACGUAAAUGGCAGAACAAGCGUAAAGCAGAAGGCAAACCCUUCGACAAACCCAACAUUGUCACCGGAGCCAAUGUUCAAGUGUGCUGGGAGAAAUUCGCAAGGUACUUUGAGGUUGAGCUUAAGGAAGUGAAACUUCGUGAAGGAUAUUACGUGAUGGACCCGGAGCAAGCUGUUGAGAUGGUCGAUGAGAACACUAUAUGUGUUGCGGCCAUUCUUGGUUCCACUCUUAAUGGAGAAUUCGAAGAUGUUAAACUCGUGAACGAUCUCUUGGUCCAAAAGAACAAAGAAACCGGAUGGGAUACACCGAUCCAUGUGGAUGCGGCAAGUGGAGGAUUCAUUGCACCGUUUCUGUAUCCGGAAUUGGAAUGGGACUUUAGAUUGCCUUUGGUGAAGAGUAUAAAUGUGAGUGGACACAAGUAUGGACUUGUGUACGCAGGGAUUGGUUGGGUGGUUUGGAGAAACAAAGAGGAUUUGCCUGAGGAGCUCAUCUUCCAUAUCAACUAUCUUGGUGCUGACCAACCCACGUUCACUCUCAAUUUCUCCAAAGGUUCGAGUCAGGUCAUAGCUCAAUACUACCAACUUAUCCGAUUGGGCCAUGAGGGUUAUAGAAAUGUGAUGGAGAAUUGCAGAGAGAAUAUGAUCGUGCUAAGAGAAGGACUCGAGAAGACAGAAAGGUUCAACAUCGUAUCAAAGGACGAGGGAGUGCCACUUGUCGCUUUCUCCUUGAAAGAUAACAGCUCUCACACUGAGUUCGAAGUCUCCGACAUGCUUCGCAGGUACGGAUGGAUUGUGCCGGCGUAUACAAUGCCGCCAAACGCACAACACAUAACUGUACUCCGUGUGGUCAUCAGAGAAGAUUUCUCAAGAACACUCGCAGAGAGACUUGUGAUCGAUAUUGAGAAGGUGAUGCGUGAGCUUGAUGAGCUUCCUUCGCGAGUGAUCCACAAAAUUUCACUAGGAGAGGAGAAGAGUGAAGCUAACGGUGACAACUUGAUGGUGACGGUUAAGAAAAGCGAUAUGGAGAAGCAGAGAGAGAUCAUCAAUGGCUGGAAGAAGUUUGUCUCCGACAGGAAGAAGACGAGUGGUAUCUGUUAAUUGAGUUAAUAAUAAAAAUGUUUGGAUUUGCUUUAUUAAUAAUGCAUUUGCAUUGAUUUGGAGAUUCUGAGUUUAAUUUCCUUUAUUGUUGAACCAAGUUUCAUUUCAUUUAGAUUUCUAGUAUCGUUUGAUAUUAUUGCAACGUUAUGAAAUAAGUGUGUGAUCUUGUUUCAUCGUCCAUUCUAUAUAUGGAAAUGUUUCAUUUCAUUUUAUUAUGUAUAUAUCAAUGAAGUCAGAGAUCUAAGACCAACCCCAAUGGUAACACCAAGGGAUCUAAUAAAUGUUCUUAAGAAU